AUGACAUAUGUUCAUCAAGACUCCAGCGCAUCUGAUCUAGAUCCCAGAACCCUUCCACCAUUAGAUCUUCCCCAUGGCCUGACUUCGCGUUAUGUCGACUGCACUCCACAGAGUCUGGUUUUCCACAUUAUCGAAUCUUUUCCUCAGCAACCGACUCCUGAUACACAAUUGAUUCUCUGUGUUCAUGGAUUCCCAGAGCUGGCAUACUCGUGGCGCAAAGUUCUACCGUUGCUUUCCUCCCGAGGCUACCAUGCCGUCGCUUUCGACCAGCGAGGCUUUGGUCGGACACACUCCUCCAAGCCAGUGACUGCCGAUACUUUCCGACCACUGAGUCUUAUCAAAGACACGAUGGCGUUGGUACUGGCGCUCGGAUACUCAUCCGUGCGGACAAUUGUUGGCCACGACUUUGGCGCAAUCACCGCCGGUCUCUGCGUGCUGUCUCGACCCGACAUGUUCCAAUCUCUUGUUCUCAUGGGUCAUCCAAUCAAGCAAUUCGAGUCCUUCCCGUACAGUACAUCGCCAUCUUUGGCGCAUCAAAAGACCACUGUCGUCACGCCUGACCAUGUCGAUAUCCAGCAUGACCUUGCGCAGCUAUCCCCUCCGCGGAAGCAUUAUAAAUGGUACUACAGCUCUGAAUUUGCCAAUGCAGAGAUGACAUAUCCAGCUGGUCAAGCCUUGCACGAGUUUCUGCGCGGCUACUUCUACCUGAAAUCUGCCGACGCGCCUCAACAACCGGCGCCGCUGAAGGGCUGGACGGCAGAAGACUUGCAGCGCUUGCCUCGGUACUACAUCAUGGACCAGGAUGGCACCAUGCGAGACAACGUUGUCGCUGAUCUGGCCGGAGUCGACCCGCAGGCCAUCCGGGAGCGGACACAGCGAUGGUUACCGGACCGCGAACUCGCAGUCUAUGUCGAUGAGUACACGCGCACCACAUUUCGCGGGGGUCUGAACUGGUACAAGGUCCAGACUGACCCAGAAGUGGCAAGCGACAGUGCUAUCUGGACUGGAUGCAAAAUCCGUGUCCCUACCAUGUACCUGUCCGGGAAGAGCGACUGGGCGACAUUUCAGCAGCCUGGUGCGGUAGACGCAAUGGAGACUGGAAUCAGUGUGGAGGACGGAUGCUUUAAAAGGACCGUCUUGGUGGAUCGUGCUGGGCACUGGGUCAUUCAAGAGCAGCCGGAAAGGUGUGCGGAAGAGAUCUUGAGGAUGGCGGCGGGAACAUGA